UUUUUUUUGCCUUUGUUUUUGCCUUUGUUUUUCAAACCUUCACUCCCCAUUCACUCUCUAACAAACAUAAGGUCAACAGCCGAACAUUUACAAUAGUCAUAUCAUAUUAUACCAUCCUGUUAAGACUCUUUAAUAUGGUUAGUUCGAUAAAGACGCUCGAGGAGCAUGAAGAUCAGAAACAAAAGACCACACCCUCCUCUGGAUCCAAUGCCGUACACCAUCCUCAUAACAGCACUAGUCACGAUCAUAACCAUCAAAGAAAGCAUCAAAACGGUAAUCAAAAACAUAAAAAUAAUAAUAGCCAUUUGAAGGAAACCGAUCAAGACCAACAUCAACAGCACCAGCAUCAUCAGCAACAUCAGCGUCAUCAGCGCCAGUAUCAGAACCAGCAACAUCAGCACCAGAAUCAGCAACAGCGCCGACAUCAGCACCGACAUCAACAACAGGGACAACAUGAUGAGGCGAUUAAAGUCACCAAGGAGGGAGCUGUGUCUUCUUCUACAGCUUCAGCUACAGCAUCCUCAUCUUCGGUUCCUCCAGCCAAUAUCUGGAAAGCUCGAAAGGAAGCUGCUAAUAACACUGCUCCGACGAGUUCUGGAGCAGGCACGGAGAAGAGUGCUGGGAAGAUCGAUGAGGCUACUCUUGAAACCAAGGAUGAGGGCAAACCCAAGGAGAACAACAAACAACCAUAUUCUCAACAACAGAUACAAUCAAUUCCGUCGCUUGAUGAUACGAAUGUCUGGCCUGACCCGAGCGUUUCUGCUGAAAAGGAGACCAAGCCAGAACCCACUGCUGUGGCUGCACCUGUCAGCAAGAAGGACAAGAGCAAAUGGAUGCCUGUUACGCCCGCCAUCACCCAUACAGGGCCAAAAUCUGGCCCCAAGGGCCGUGCACGCCAUCAUAACGAUGACUAUAGCCGUAACCAUAAUAUCCAUAAUCCUAUCAAUAGCAAUGGUAGCAGUAGCAACAGCACCAACAACAAUCAUGACCCACAAAGCUCUCGACCUCGUAGUAAUCCCGUACACGACAGUGAUCCUGGUCAUGACAACAGAAAUACCCCUAAUGGUCACUUGAACAACAAAAAAAAUGCUUCGGAUAGGGGAACUCACCCUCUUGCUGUCGGUACAAGCGGUCGUCGAGCCUCCGUACCUGCUAUGUUUGACAGCGAGCCCCCACAGAAUCAGCGCAACAUGGAUCGCCACAACAAUGGACGUGGCCGAGGGACAAGAUCCUACGGCGCUCGAUCUAAUAACCGUGCUUCAAUGAGCAAUGUUCCUCACUUAUACCAACAAGGAGGUUACUUGGAUCAGACUGAAAGGCUCAAACCAUUCAUCCUCCUACAAAUGGAAUACUAUUUUUCAGUAGAAAACCUUUGCAAGGAUAUCUACUUGCGCAAACAGAUGGAUGACGAGGGAUACGUGCCUCUUCCGUUUGUUGCCAAUUUUAACCGUAUCCGAUACCUGACUACAGAUCUUGCCCUGAUCAAAGAUGCUCUCAAGUCUAGCAAAGAAAUUGAUAUGCAUGGAGAUAAAAUCCGCAGACGUGGUGAUUGGGCCACUUGGGUGUUCCCCAAAGAAGAAAAUACUGCGUCAUCUCCAGCACGCCAUCAUUCCUGCGUACCACCCCUGAAGUCCCUUCAUCCCGUAUCGAUCUCUUCACCCAUGCCAACCGAACGUACGCCCGCUGAUGGUGGGCAAGAUGAAUGGCAUACCCAACAUAUCAAGACCAGGAAGCGUGGCUCGUCUAUUAGCACGUCAAGCCCUAAUCUUCAUCAGGCCAAGCCGCAGGAGCCGGGAACCAACUCAAAUGAAGAUGACCAAGUCUUCCAAUUUGAUGACGAUGAUAUUCCCCUGGGAAGCACAAGGUCCGGUACCGUCCAGAAAUACUACGUUAGCGAUGAUGAAGACGAUGAUGACGAAUUUGAUGACGACACUGUUGCCAAGAUCCUGAUUGUUACCCAGAAGAAGCGCGACAGGUCGCAUGGAUCAUACGAGCGCAAGGCUAUGAAUGAUGAUAUCAACGAAAUGAUUAAUGAAGGUCUGUAUUUUUAUGAGCAUGAUCUUCAACAGAGCAAGCAUGGUAAUAGUAGCAACCGUCGCCCCAAUGUUGGUCCUCAAUUGAACAAGAAGGUUGAAACUAUCUCAGAAGAACAAUUCGCUGCCCUUACAGGGUCACAACCCCGUCAUAGUGACACCCUGAGCUCCAUUCCCAACACUCAAGCUACUAGUACUACUAGCGCCUCAAGUGUCACUGAUCGAACUUCAACCCCUACACAGAAUAACGGCCAGAACGAUACUCGGGGAGGCAAGAGUAAAGGCAAGAAGGAUCAAACCAACCGAGCUCCUCGAUUCUACCCUCUAAAGGAUGAUAAAAGUAGUAAAGAGUUGAAACCAGAUUCACGCACGCACCAUGCCCAAGAUGCUGUCGGAUGGGUCCUAGGUGACCAACCUUUCCUUCCCACGGAUCUACCUCCAGGCUCUUUCAGUAACUCUCCUGCAGGGCCAUCUAUGGGGUCUCAUAUGGAUUCCCCGAGCCUUUCCACAUCAAUGGAGGCUCCACAUUCUUUCCCUGCGUUCCAGCACCCAUCACACGAGCUCCUUCACCAGAACGGUUUCAUUCAGCAUAAAUACUACAAAUACCACUAUAAGGCGCUGAAAGAACGCAGGCGUCAAGGCAUUGGACACUCACAAGAAAUGAACACGUUAUUCCGAUUCUGGUCGCAUUUUUUGCGUGACAACUAUAACCGCAGGAUGUAUGCAGAAUUUAAACGAUUGGCAGUGGAGGAUGCGAAUUCCAAUUACAGAUACGGAUUAGAGUGCCUAUUCCGAUUUUAUUCUUAUGGGUUAGAAAAGAAAUUUCGUCAGGAUCUGUUCCUGGACUUUGAGGCAUUAACGUAUGCAGAUUACCAAAAUGGCCAUAUGUAUGGACUGGAAAAGUUCUGGGCGUACUUGUUCUUUAGAAAGGACAAAGCCCGCCGAAAGCUGGAUGUGAUGGCGGAGCUCAAGCCAUUGUUGGAGCAGUUCAAGACAAUUGAUGAUUUCAAGAACGUGCAAGCAAACAACAGCAACCACAAUCCUCCUAACAACAACUAUGUGGUGCCAACACAUGGACCUACAGAUGGACACAGUGCACAUGCACACAGACUCUAAUACUGCCACUGUUCACCAGUCGAUAUUAAUGAAU